CCCUUUGUGUGCAGUAAAUAAAAGAACAGAAUGGAGCAAAUAAAAGAAGAAAUCCAUGAAAUCAGCUUGAUGGAGGAAUUUGUUACAGUGAAAGUGAAAGAAGAAAUAGUAAAAAAAGAAGAAAUAGAAGAUAAAGUGAACGAGGGAAAUGGAAUUACGAAAGUCCUGAAAAAACCUGGUGAGGAAUGUGAUGGAGAUGAUGAGCACAGACAAGAGGACGAUAGAAAACAACACCAGUGCCUCCACUGUGGGAAAUGCUUCAUGCUAAGUUCUGAAUUCCAAAAACACCAGAAUAUUCACAGUGAAGGAAAAUCUUACUGCUGUUCUGAGUGUGGAAAGCGUUUUACAAAAGCAGGAAACUUUAAAACUCACCAGCACAUUCAUACUGGAGAAAAACCCUAUACUUGCUCAGAGUGUGGAACGAGUUUCAAGACAGCAGGAUGUUUAAAAACUCACAAGCGCAUUCACACUGGAGAAAAACCUUAUUCCUGCUCAGAAUGUGGGAAGAGUUUUACACUCGCUGGAAACUUCAAAACUCACCAGCGCAUUCAUACUGGAGAAAAACCUUAUACGUGCUCAGAAUGUGGGAAGAGUUUUACACUCGCUGGAAACCUGAAAAUACACCAGCUAACUCACAGUCUGCUUAAACCACAUGUCUGCUCCCACUGUGGUAGAAGCUUUGCUCAAAGAAAUAGCUUAAAACUACACCAGAGAGUUCACACUGGAGAGAAACCCUACACUUGCUCAGAGUGUGGAAAGAGUUUUACACAUGUAGACAGUUUAAAAAGACACCAGCUGAUUCACACUGGAGAAAAACCGUUUCAGUGCGGAGAGUGUGACAAAAGAUUUUCACAAAGUAGUUAUUUAAAGGAACACCAGAAAAUUCACAUAGUGGAAAAAGCUUAUCGGUGCUCUCACUGUGGGAAGAUUUUUUCUCACGCACGUGCCUUAAACAGACAUCAGUGGAUUCAUGACGGAAAUAAACCGUAUGAGUGCCGCAAGUGUGGCAGAAAGUUUGUGUACAUUUCUCAGUUGAAGUAUCAUCAAAAAAUUCACAACGGGCAAAAAUCUUUCCAGUGUGGACAUUGUGGGAAGGGUUUUCUAGAAACAAGAGACUUACAAAGACACCAGCGCAUUCACACUGGUGAAAAACCUUAUCACUGCAGUAAGUGUGGGAAAUGUUUUAGGUACUCACAAAGCUUAAAAAAACACCAGCUAGCAAAACACUAAUCAUGAGGAAAAUAAACUGACAAUAAAUUGUUGUUGUGUUCAAAUGUCCAAA